CUAAAUUCAGACUUGGCUUUGAAGAGGAACUGGUGCCAUUGGUUUUGUGUGCUGUGCAAGUUCUGCUGCGGGGAGCUGAGCAGAGAGCAUGGGCGAGCUGGGAAGCCAGGACGUGAAUGCAGUGACUUAUGCCGAUGUACACAUCAACUUCACUCGGGAAGAGUGGGCUUUGCUGGAUCCUUCCCAGAAGAAGCUAUACAAAGAUGUGAUGCUGGAGACCUACAGGAACCUCACUGCUAUAGGCUACAGUUGGGAAGAUCAUAAUACUGAAAACCAUUUUCAGAGUUCUAGAAGAUGUGGUAGACAUGAAAGAAAUCGUACUGGAGAGAAAGUCUCUGAAAAUACUGAAUGUGUUAAGACCUUAGCAUAUCAUAGUCAUCUGCAAUUACAUGAAAGUACCUAUACUGAAGAGAAACCCUAUGAAUGUAAUCCAUGUGAUAAAGCCUUUGCGGAUUUCAGUCCUCUGCAAAGUCAUAAAAGAACAAAUACUGGAAAGAAAACUUACAAAUUUAAUCAAUGUGGUAAAAUCUUUGCACAUCAGAACAAUCUUCAAAGAACACACACUGGAGAAAAACCCUACGAAUGUAAUCAGUGUGGUAAAACCUUUGCCCAUCACAGUAGUCUUCAAAGACACAAAAGAAGACACACUGGAGAGAAACCUUUUGAAUGUAAUCAACGUGGUCAAGCCUUUGCACAUCACAGUGGUCUCCAAAUACAUAGAAGAUCACAUACUGGAGAGAAACCCUACAAAUGUAAUCAGUGUGGUAAAGGUGUUGCAAGUCCCCGUAGUCUUCAAAGACAUAAAAGAGCACACAAUGGAGAGAAACCUUAUGCAUGUAAUCAAUGUGGUAAAGCCUUUGUAUGUCAAAGUGGUCUCCGAAUACAUAAAAGAACUCAUACUGGAGAGAAACCCUACAAAUGUAAUCAAUGUAGUAAAGGCUUUUCAGUACACAGUAAACUCCAAAUACAUAAAAGAACACAUACCGGAGAGAAACCAUACAAAUGUAAUCAAUGUCAUAAAGCCUUUUCACAGCGUGUUCAUCUUCGAGUUCAUAAAAGAACCCAUACCGGAGAGAAACCCUAUAAAUGUAAUCAGUGCGGUAAAGCCUUUGCUUAUCAAUUAGGUCUUCAAAGACAUAAAAGAAGACACGCUGGAGUGAAACCUUAUGAAUGUAAUCUAUGUGGUAAAGCCUUUGUAUGUCAAAAUGGUCUCCACCUACAUAAAAAAAGACAUACCGGAGAGAAACCCUACAAAUGUAAUCAAUGUGAUAAAGCCUUUUUAUGUCGUAGUAAUCUUAAAACUCAUCAGAGAACACAUACUGGAGAGAAACCUUAUGAAUGUAGUCAGUGUGGUAAAGCCUUUGGAUGUCACCGUAUUCUUCAACUGCAUAUAAGAACUCAUACUGGAGAGAAACCUUAUGAAUGUAGUCAGUGUGGUAAAGCCUUUGCACAUCAGAAUAGUCUCCAAAUACAUAAAAGAACACAUACUGGAGAGAAACCUUACAAAUGUAAUCAAUGUGAUAAAGCCUUUGCUUGUCAGCGUAGUCUCCAAAUACAUAAAAGAACACAUACUGGAGAGAAACCUCAUGAAUGUAGUCAUUGUGGUAAAGCCUUUGGACAGCGUAGUCAUCUUCGAAUACAUAAAAGAACACACACUGGAGAGAAACCCUACAAAUGUAAUCAAUGUGAUAAAGCCUUUGUAUGUGCUAGUCAACUUCGAUCACAUAACAGAAUACAUACCGGAGAGAAACCCUAUGAAUGUAAUCAGUGUGGUAAAGCCUUUGCACAUCAGAAUACUUUCCAAAUACAUAAAAGAACACAUACUGGAGAGAAACCCUAUGAAUGCAAUCAGUGUGGUAAAGCCUUUAUAUGUCGCAGUCAUCUUCAAAAUCAUAAAAGAACACAUACUGCAUAGAAACCCUAUGAAUGUAAUCCGUGUGGCAAAGCUUAGCAUGAAUCACUAGUCUUCAAAAGCAUAAGAAAAAUCUUACUGCAUAGAAACCCUAUAAAUGUAGUCAGUAUGGCAAAGUUUUGCAAGUCAUGGUAGUGUUUAUACAAGAGUAAUACUUAAGUACAUAAUUAGACAGUUAAAGCCUUUGCAUAUAACAUUAAUCUGUUUGAGGAUCUAAAAAAAAAAACACAUACCAAAGGAUUUGGUAAAAUCUUUAGCCAACAUAUUUACAUUCAGUUACACAAGAUUAUUGAUUUUGGAGAAAAAAUAUCUGGCAAUUGUCAACAACCUGUUCAAGUGUUAUGAUGUCACUAUUUUUUGGUACCUCCAAACUCUUAUAGACAAAAGACCUGUUACUAAAUUACAAAUUAACCCUUUCAGAUUUCAUACUUCUCUUCAUUCACAGGAAAUAAACCCAUGAGCAAGACUUUAUGGAUAUGUAAUAGUCCAUUUUCUGUUGCUGUAGCAAAACAAUAUCUAAGUCAACUUAUGAAAAUACUUAAUUUGGCCCUUGGUUCUAGAGAGAUUCAGGAUCACUGUGAAAGUGGAAUGGCAACAACUGUCAGACAUGGCUGCCUGCCGAAACAAGACACUAAGAUCCUUACAUUCUCAACUGGCACUGUGAAGCAGAGAGUAGGAGCUGGAAAUGAUGUAUAGCUGGAAACUCGCAGGCUCACCCCUAGUGACAUAUUUCUUCAGCAGAGCAGCAUUUCCUAAAUCUUCCUAAAUUAUACCAUGAGCCGAGAAGGACUGAUUUCUCUGACUUCAAGACUACAUACUAGCAUUCCUAUUACAUUAACCACUUCAUGAUGGAGAAAAAUUUUGUCAGCCUUUAAAAGUUUCAAUACCUGUGUUAUAGGAAUGAAUGCUUAGAAGAGAAGAACACAAGAAAAAGUUUGUUUGAUUAAAGUUUUCAAUUAUGUGAUGUCAAUGUGUCUUUUUGUGCACUCUAGUUCCCAAGAAGGUUAGACCCUGGGAGCUUCAUGUCACAUUAAUUACAGGAAGUUUUCAAGAACCUGAGUUUUGUCCUGGGAAUGAACUUGUCUUAAUUGCUCAGACAUGUUCUAGUCCUUUAAAUACUUUAAAGCCUUUUUAUAUCAUCUUGAUGUCAGGAAAUAGUGAAGAACUCAUGCAAGAGGAGAAACCUUUUCAUGUAAAUAAUUUUGUAAAGAAUUUAGACAUCAGAGUUGUCUUCAUGUUUAAGAACAAAACCUUAAUUCAUCAAAGCAAAGAAAGCAAAUUACCAUGUUCACUCAAGACUGAUGGUGGAGAUCACUGCAUUGUGGUUUCUGUUUUGCAACAUUUGAGGUACCUAUUAAAGUGUGACAAAUCUGAUUUGUUUAAUUUAUGGUCCUUAUAUUUCUCCUGUGGUUUUUGUUCAUCUUUGAUUGUGCUUUUGUUUAGAGAUAGAUUUUUUUUUUCUGUAAUGUGUAGAAUGUGAUGCCCAUCAUCUAAGUAGUCGAUUGUUUAUUUAAAUAUCAGGCCAUGUGUGAUCAUACUUUUCAAGUAAAGGUGUCUAUGAAAAGGUGGUGGGUUUUUCUCUUUGGUUUUGUUUUUCAUAUUUUCAUAGAUUCCCUUAAGAUGUUGUUUGUUAUCCAUCCUAGGUUGUAAUUAGUCUGGGACAUAUUUGAACUCAUGAUCCUCCUAAGUAGAAGCCCACAGGCAGAUGAUAUACCCCCAACAUUUGCUGUUUUGUCAACAUAGUUUGGAAAUGUUAAUGUUAAAGUGUUUAGCAGAAGAGAAACAUGUAAGAAAUAUUAAGUAUUUCAUGUGUGUAUCCAAAAUAGAAUUUUCAUCUCUCUGGAAGAGAUAUAAGGAGGUAGGAUAAUCAGCAAUCAACUGUGUAUUUCACAGUAUAACUUGAUGUACUAUGGAUAUGUAUAUAUUAUUUGAAGUUCAAUACAUCCUCAUGUCCCCAUCAGUGAUCCAUUUGGCCCUUGAACUGGAAGUACUGCCUUCUAAGGGAAUUAUCCAAAGAUGCCAGAUAAUGUAAUGUCAAUGAGACUUAUGUUUUGUUUUUUUUGUUUGUUUUUAAUUUUCUGUUGUGUAUGUGUAAUGUGGUUAUGGGGUUUUAGGCUAUGUCAGAUGUAUGGAGAGAGGAAGAAAACUUUGAGGGUUCUACUUUGUUUCAUAUUCAUGUGGUGAUCAAGAUAAUGUUACCAGCCAUGCACACCACAGACAUUUUCCACUAAGUUGUCUCACUAAUUCUCAAAUAAGAUUAAAGAUCACAUCACUGAACUAUUGUCUUCUUUUCAGAUUGUAAACAUUUUCAUCAAAGUAUAGAGUAAAAUGGACAAAUUGAAUCCUAUUGCAAAUGAAAAAAAUAAAAGGAACUAAAAUUUAUAUAGUAAAUUCCUCCCACCUCUUGCUGAGAUGUGUCAGGCCAGUGGGUCUGUAAUAGAAUUUCACAGAUCAAUGGGUAAUUUCUAAGAACACAGAAAAGGAAACAGGAUCCUGGGGAAUAGAUGCCUUAAUAAAGGUACUUUGACUUAAUUCGGGGUUGACUGAGUAUCACCAUUAAUUUGGCACAGUGAAUUCCAUCUGACCUUUCUACAUAAUCUAUAAUACUGCAGCCAAAAAACUCUCAUAACUUAAAAAUCUGUGGUAAAUUAUUCAUAAAUAUUUCUCCGGGGGUCUUAUUUUGUAAUUUGUAACAUAACUGCAAGUCAUACCAUUUGUUCAUUAAUUACAGGCUUAGAUUUAUCUAGAGGAGAUUUUUAUUCUGUAAAUUUUGUAUUUCAAUAGUUACUUUUACUUUAAAAUCCUUCAUAUUAAAAACUAGUUAAACUACCACUGACACCAAAAGAAGAUUAGACAUGAGAUGAAUAAAAAUGAAUUUUUAAUGGUGUCAAAUUAUCCUUUUGAGUGAACUACAAGCUAAGUUAUACUUAAAGAAAGCUUGCCGUGCACCUCAUAACUUCCAGUGUGCCAUGUAAGUAGGACCACAUCACAUGAUGUGAGAAUGAAUGGAAACAGAAAGGCCUUAAGGGACACUUUGGCUGUCUGUUUAGCACUGAUUUGUAUGUUUCUAGCAAGCCUCGGCCUUUAUCUUCCUGAGCCAUAAAAUACUCAGUUUGAUUCUAUGUAUAACUCAUUCUCUGUCUUUUAGCACAUGCUUGCUGCAAAGUUUAUCUUUAGUUAUCUGUAUCCUGGCUUCACAGCAUCUUUUUUUAAAAGAAUCAGGUAUCAUUUAAUACCCUUUCUUAACCAUAGCACUUCACUCAUCAUACUACUAGAGGAAGAGUCAUGUAGGUUAUGAAAAAUGUUGGAAAUACUUAUUUGUGAUGCAGGCAUGUGGUUGUAAUGACUUAUUUUCAUCAGAAUUACAGUGUCUGAUGUCUGUCUGUCUACUGUCUGUCUGACCAUCUAUCUAUCUACCUACCUACCUACCUACGUAUUAUUCUAUCUAAUGUUAACCUUUGGCCUAAUUUUUUUGUUUGGCUUUCUCUAUUGUUUAAAUGCUCCUCAAUCAAAGAGAACAGAAUUUAUGAGAACUCUGAGUAACGUUUGAAAUUCAAUUUUUCUGUCAUCAAUACCCAUUUUGACAUUUUACCAGUCCACUUAAAUUUUUUUUCCUGGAAAACAAUCAUCACUAUUCAAUAGGUUAUGUUACUUGAUUACAUAAAUGAGUUUCCUGCUUCCAUUUACCACAGCACAGGAUGACUUAGUGUUCUCAGUUCAGCUCCAGAGUACAUAUAUGGAAGCCCCACACUACCAUUCCACAAGCAUUCUGCAGGAUCCGGGAGGUGUGGUCUGCAAAGAGUAAUUGAAGCUAGGGUGUGCCUCUAGAUGGAGCCAGAUCCUGUUCCCAUUCCUCAGCAGAGGGAAGAGAUAGUAACACAAGAUGCUGUGAAGUUUCAACACUUGUGUGAAUGUUAAGCCCUCAGGACCAUUGUCCUGCCAAUGACAGGUCUGGACAUGUGUGAGUGCCAUGCUUGUGAUCAUUCUCUUUGUCUACUGUGCCCAAUGGACUAUCUCAGAAUUUGUCGAGGUCAAGAAAUCACAUGCCCAUCUUUCCAGUACCAUGGUUCUUUUUACCUUUAUUACCUUCAUUUUCACCAUUUAAUAUACUAAUAAGGAUUUCCGUAUGGCUACAUGCGUUUUAGGUAAGAACCUAACUAGAAAAAAUGUUACCUUCCGUAUCUCCUAAAUAGGGCUUAGAAAGAUGAUUAAGUCCUUUGAGAUAUUUCUACUGAGGACGAGAAAUAUCCACAUUUGAAGUGAGUGGAUUGUUUUCAUGUUCAAAUCAAUAACAGCAAGUGUUGCCGAAAGAGAGAAAGCAAAAAUGAGCCGACAGAAGAAAGGGCAAAGGAAUAAAAAGCCACCAUAGAAUUCAUGCUAAAAAAUAAGUGACUGUUCUAUACCUUGCAGCAUUCAAGUGAUGAAAACAAAAAUGAAAAAGAGUUUUAGUCAGUAUGAUAGUCAUUUGUCAGUAUUAUUGAUCAAUAUGUAUUAAUAUUAUAGCCUGACAUAAACUGUACUCAUGUUUCUUGUGUAUCAGUGAGUGCCUUAUUCAAAUACAGUAGUACUUAACUGUACUUAUUUUGUAUAGAAUUUCUGUGAUUUAGUAAGUUUUAUAUGUAUCCCAAAAAUGAGUACCUCAGAAGCUUAGAGAUGGUAAAUGAUUUGGCCUAAAGUCAUGUGACUGUUACUAAGUACUAAUACUGACAUUUGAACUUGGUUUUUCUGGCUAUAUGUAACACCAUUUCCGCUAUAGCUAAAAACAUGAGAAUUCUUUUCCAGUAUCUAAUAUGGAGCUCCUAUUUCAUUCUAGAUCUUUCGUAUAUCUAUGCAUAUGAAUAUUUAAAUAUUCUUUUAUUUUAAUUUUA